AUGGUUAUUGACGUUGCCUUCUCCCCCGAUGGAAAAUGGCUGGCAUCAGCAUCAGCAGAUACGACAAUUCGGUUGUGGGAUAUCGACGCUAUAAUUGGGCGACGAACUCCGGCCACAGAAAAGCCCAUACGGGUUUUACGAGGACAUACAGAUAUCGUGUUAUCGAUUGCUUACUCGCCCGACGGCAAACUAUUAGCAUCAGGAUCGGCAUUGCAAGAUGAUGCAGUUAUACUUUGGGACGUAAGAACUGGCAAACAGGUGGGAGUUUUUGAUGAAUUUGGUGAUGAAUUUGGGUUUCCAAAAGUCCUAUUUACUCCCGACGGCAAAAAUCUAGCUAUUACGACAGAUAUCGACGACAGAUAUACUACAUACUGUGUGGCAAAUUUGCAGGAAACCGGGAGCUUCGAUCACAGCCGAGGCUGCUUUAACGCGAUCACAUUUUCUCCUAGCGGUAAAGAGGUAGCGCUUUCAAUGAGGAAUGGCACAAUUGAGCUCUGGGACACUGAAACAGGCAAAGAAAUCACAACCUUCGGAACACACGAUAAUGAUGUCGUUACAGCUGCAUUUUCUCCCGACGGUAAAAUCUUGGCAUCAGCGUCACUCGAUGGUAAAGUUGGUCUCUGGGACACAGCAAUAUAUUGCGGCGGGGAGAAAUUCAAAUCGGAUUCAUGGUAUAAAGCUGACGAUUUGACAACCAACACGACAAUGAUCAAGACGACAGACGAACAUGAUGACGCCGGCUACGGUUUUGACAAAGCCAUUUCCAAGAUUGUUUUCUCUCCAGACGGCAAACAGGUAGCAUCGGGAGCAUAUGACGGAGAAAUCAUUGUUUGGGAUGUGCGAACGGGACGGCUACUGAACCGUUUCCGAGGAGGCACCACUAAAAUUUUCAACCUUCAAUUCUGCCCAGGCAAUGACAACUCGAUUCAAUUGAUAGCAUCGACAAUCAGUACGAACUCAGGGGCCAGGCUUUGGGAUAUAACGACAGGGCGGCAAAUACACUAUUUGAAGAGCGACUUCAGCAUUGACCAAAUAUGUUUCACAUCCGAUGGCGAACGUCUGGCGUCGUUAACAAGGUCCGAUAUAUCGCUCUGGAACGUAGAAAAAGGGAAAAGAGUCAAAAAGUUUGGUGCGGACUUUGCUAGGUACCGGUACCGGUAUACGUACAUAUACCCGCCUAGCGCAAUGACCUUUUGCCCUAAUGGCAAACAGCUAGUAAUAGCACGAGAGGGAGAUAUCCUGGUCUUUGACAUAGCAGCGGGGCAGAUAGUGCAAAAAGUUGAUAUGACAAAGAAUACCUCGUCUCCUGCGAGGCUACCUGCUCUGGCCUGGGAAAAGACUAUCAAAUGCAUGCAUUUCUCGGACGAUGGACAACAGUUGAAGACUGACCAAGGAAUUUUGGCCUUGCCCCUAAAUCCGGACACCUCGGGGCGUGUUUCCCUGAAACCUCUGCCAACGCCACCUAUCCUCUACAGUGAUAGCGGUGAUAAUGAUUAUGACUGGAUAACUCAACGUGGUCAGAAAUUUCUCUGGUUGCCGCCUGAUUACCGUGGCCGCUGUUGGGAGCGAAGGGGCAGACUUCUUGCUAUCGGGCGAAGCUCUGGGGUGGUUGACUUUAUCGGGUUUCCUAUUCAGCGGUAG